AAGAUCCUGACAGCAGGAAUGCGCGGUGCAGGCCGCCACACGUCUCCUGCCUUCAUGUCAGCAGAUAAGAAACCUGCGACAGACUCCGGCUGCAGUCUGACAGAAGCAGAGAUCUGCUGAGAGGAGAUGAGAGGAUACAGAGCCAUCAAGUACACUUUAUUCAUCUGCUGCUACGUCUUCUGGGUUGUGAGCGCCGUCCUCACGGCGGUCGGGACCUACGCCAAAAUCGCCAAAGAGAAAGAUGUGGUUGACACGCUGACAUUAGACCCGGCUCUGCUGCUCAUCGUCAUCGGCUCUUUGAUGUUCCUCGUCACGUUUCUCGGCUGUUUCGGGGCGCUGCGGAACGUCGCCUGCCUGCUGAGGACGUUCCUGGGGAUCCUGGUGGUCGUGCUGCUGCUGCAGGUCGCCGCCGGCAUCGUUGGAUUCCUCUUCACUGACAUGGUGAUGGAGCGGACGGAGGUGCUGAUGAUGAAGGCCAUCGUCCGGUACAGGGAGGACCGGGACCUGGAGAACGCCAUCGACUUCAUCCAGAAGAAGUUUCAGUGCUGCGGCGUCGAGGGCUACAAAGACUGGUCCCACAACGUCUACUUCGAGUGCUCAGACACAAACCCGAGUCUGGAGGCCUGCGGGGUUCCUUUCUCCUGCUGCGUCCGCCUGCAGAACCAGACGGUGCUGAACACCAUGUGCGGUUAUGGGAUGCAGCGGCUGGACGAGGAUCCGGCCGCUCAGGACGUCUUCACCAUCGGCUGUCUGGAGAAAAUCGUCUCGUGGGCCAAAAACAACCUGCUGCUGGUGGGCGGGCUGACGGGCGGCCUGCUGCUGCUCGAGGUGUGUAUGAUUGGCCUCGCCGCCGCUCAGAUCUCCAGGAUCAACCGAGUCCAGCAGCUCAGGAGGGAAAACGCCGCCAGAAGCAGCGCGCAAAGAAAAGAGAGCUACUGGCUUCCUGCUUUCACCGACUUCAACGACGAAUAAAAUCUGUUUGUGAGACCUGAAGCUGAUCCGGGAGACGCAGUUCAAACUUUCUGCGUCAGAUUUAAAAAAAAAAAUAAAAUCAAAUAAACAAAAGAUUUUUUUUAAAACAACAUCAGCUGACCGAGUUGACGGUGACAUUUAAGUCGAAGUUUAGUACUUUUGGGCUGGUGUCUGAACUGGUUACAGGUUUUGAGUCGGGACUCGGAGGAGUCGGCGGUUAAACUACCUCGUGCAAAAACAUCUUCAGGAUACUUUUUUUUCCUCUUUAAGUGAUUCUAAAACAGUCAGUUUUGAGAAGAGUUAUUUUUAUAUUUUUAACGUUUGUUGUUUAUGUGACGUUGUGUAUUUUAUUAACUGAAUGAAUUCAUUUUAAUGAGAAUAAAAAAAUGAAUGUAUAUUUUCAUCAGACUCUUAAGGGAAAUACUGUACCCUUGACUUCACUACAUUAUAUCUGAAUGCUUUAGUUAUGUUUCAAAUAAAGAAUUUUGCAUAAAAACA